AUGGGCGCCGCUGGUGCCAGACCUCCUGGCUGCGAAAAUGCUUUCGUUCGCCACUGCGAGCGCGACGAGAAGCCGAGCGGGCCGAGUAAAUAUAGCAAAAAGAGCCCCGCGCUUCUUUGGGAAUCACAUUUUCCUCCGGGCUCCCGCUCCGGAGGUUCGGAUCAUUUUUUCGGUGCGGCUCUGGCUACCCCGCCCACGUGGCGGGAGGGGAUUCGGCGUACAUGGCUUCGCGGACGUCUGACUCGGAUCCAACGGCCUAGGCUGGCAGUCGUGCAGUAGGCACGCUUGCCUUCGGGUCUGGUGGCAAUAGAGACAAACCGGGCUCCCUCUGAAACUAUGCCACCGCCCAUCCCGCUCGACGAUGUGGCACCAAGACCCGAAGGUACUUCAUCCUCCUGAGUCGAGCACCUCGACAGCAUUCGGAAAGACAAGACGCUUUUAAAAGGAAAUGAAGGGGAAAGACGGACACUGUAAGGAAAUGCAUUUAGUGAUCGAGAACCAGUUACUGACAUCCAAUCAGGAUGGAUCGAAGGCAGGAUAUGUCCCAUGUUGUUAUUUAUUGUGGUCUGGACCGAGCUGUUUCUUACUGGUGCGACGGGUUGAGGAUUGUGAUCACUAGGAAAUCAUUCACUAUGUGGAAAUUGAUGGUAUUUUCAGGAAGAAAUCAGUUACUUAGCUAAGAUAGGUUGUGACCUUGUCUCUUCGAAGAGUGGUUUGUUUGUAGCGAAUGCUUUUAUUACUUGUGUUGUGACAAAGUUAGUGAGUAAGUACAUCACCCAGCUUCAGAGUAUUAUGAUGAAAGAGGUAGCUCAUGAACCCUAGAUUAGGAGGUUCUAUUUUGAACAAUGACUUCCAUUGUGACUACACAUGAAAAGUAAGAAGCUGCAAAACUAGGAUGACUUUACCUUUAUGCCCGAGUGGGCUCAGAAAAUUCAGUUUACACAAGUGCGAGUCUAUGUUCAGUAGAGAGGUGGAAAGUUGUCUUAAGAAGCAAGGCAAAAAUCAGCAGAAGCACUAUAGCUCAUCGGAGAAAAUUUGAAGGAGUGGUGGUGGGUUUGCAAGUAAUGAAACUAUUUUAAUGAAGUCAAUCCUAGUGUUUGUAAGCCAUAAUAGAAUAUGGGCUUAUGGAUACUUAAUCUUCUAUAGAGUUGGAUGAAAUAAGC